AUGGAUCAAGAGAAUGUGGAUCGAUCAAAGCAUUCCAAAAGUGAUCUUCCCAGUCUGUUCUUGUUUUCACCUAUCGAAGAACCAGAUUUGUUGCUCAUCUAUCAGGCUCGCCACGCAUGCGGGCAUGUGCCCACACACGCCACUUCGAUUCAACUGUACGGAGCAAUCGAUUUGACCACUGGUCAACACCUUUCUAUCACUUGUGACAAUGAACGCUCAGGAAUCGUGUUCCAGUCUACCGACUCUCGGUCGUUCGCGAUGAGCGUGGCUCGAUUACGAGAGCUCAUCGCUCGAUGUCCCUACAACUCGGCUGCGGCUCGGGAUAAUAUCCGACCGAAUUUGGUUCACGAGUUGAAUAACAUACACAUGACAUCACGACUAGAGACUCUGAAAUUACUCGUCGAUCCUCAGGGUGGUUACCAAGUGUACUGGUGA